AUGGCAGAGACACAACCAAUUAGCAUCGAAAAUGCCCGCGGCACGCUGAAAGUAAUUUUCUCCGAGGCGACGACAUCCGAGGAACGAGUCCGGUGCGCCAAACUCGCCUCUACGGCCUUCGGGAAGCCACUCACCCCGGAACGCUACCUAGAGCGAGAGGAGUAUCUCGCAAGUCACCCUCUUGCGCGAGGCACCGGCUGGCGAUGGUGGUGUCUCACAUUGGCCGACAACCCCGAACAUGUGUUGUCCAUGUGCAAGACGAUGCACAGGGAUCUACUAGUCCGGGACGGUUCCGCCACGGGCGGGGAAACGGUGGUGGCACGCCAGGAGCAGGGAUACUGCAUCUGUAGCGUCGUUACCGAUUCAAAUUACCGUGGUCGCGGCCUCGCCUCUGUCUUACUGAAAGGCGUUGCUGAAUGGUUAGAUGGGCCAGGGAAUGCGACGGCCAGUAUACUAUACUCGGACGUAGGAGACUUCUACGUCAGCAAAGGUUGGGAUAUUCUAGAUUCUUUCGAAUCUAUUCUAACAGUUCCCCCAUCCGUUCCACAAAAGGGGCAAGCUCAGUUUCCGGAGACGCGACCAUUAACUACAGAAGAUAUUCCCCGCCUCUGCGAGCGGGAUGUGGAAAGUUUGAAAGAUGACUUCCAAAAAUAUGAUCUCCCAAAAGACAGUGUGCUCGUGACUGUCCUACCUACUACGAACAUGAUCACCUGGCUACAAGCUCGAAUAGCAUACACGAAUAACCAGUCAUACGGCAAGACCCCAAAAGUGACAGGCAGUAUCUGCGAGAGCGCAGAAUCGUGGAUAUACUGGUACUCCGAUCUCCACCAUCGAAAGAUCAUAAUCCAGCGCGUCAAACCGCCCCGUGGCCAAGACGAAGCAACCUCGACACGGGUACUCGCCCGGCUCCUACUCGACACCAUCGAAGCGGCUGCCAAGUUGGACCUAUUAGAAGUGGAUAUUUGGAAUCCGAGCCCGGAGCUUCACAGAGCGAUGAAGCUCCUCAAUUCGGAAUUGGGAAUCAAGGUGACAAACCAAAAACGAGAAAGCGAGCACAUACCGUGCCUGAGAUGGCGAGGUGGCGAAAAGAGGUCAAUCAUUGCCUCGCCUAAUGAGUUUUAUCCAUGGAGCUAG